AUGAUGGGCCAGCUAUUUUGGGGACCCGUCAUCUUGUCUCCCGCAGCUCGUUGUCCUUGUAGCUCGUCGUAUACGGAAACCUUUUCGACCUUUCCCAUCUCCAUUUCCCAGCCAGCUGGACAGCUCCAAGACGCUAAGCCAAGCUAA